UUAUACAAGAACACGUAACGGAACGGGCCCACGGUGCAAUUAAGCCGGUGAUUACCAUUGUUCACCCAGCCCUAAAAUUUGUUCCCCAUUUCCGGAGGGGGAGUGGGUGGUAGAAAACCCAAAUCUCGAGCAUCAUCAUCCAUGGCGAAACCCGUCGACUCGGAGCCGCUGCUCCCCUCUGCGUUGCCCCAACCCUACUACGCGUCCCCUCCUCCGCCGUACUACUCCUCCGGCGACCCUCCUCCUCCGCCGCCGGAACCCUACCUCGUCGUCCUCCCCAUCCGCCUCCGCCGCCGCAUCCGCCUCCGCCGCCCCUGCUGCUCCCUCCUCUCCUCCGCCCUCGCCCUCCCCGUCGUCCUCGUCCUCUCCCUCGCCCUCGCCCUCUUCCUCCUCUGGCCCUCCGAUCCCGACCUCUCCGUCGCCCGCCUCCGCCUCGACCGCGUCCGCGUCGUCACCUCCCCCGAAGUCGCCCUCACCGUCGCCCUCGGCCUCCGCGUCCGCGUCCGCAACCCCGACUUCUUCGCCCUCCACUACGACUCCCUCUCGGCCUCCAUCGCCUACCGCGGGCGCCCGCUCGGCAACGUCGCCUCCAGCGGCGGCCGCGUGCGCGCGCGCGCCGUGUCCUACGUCGACGCCGAGCUCGAGCUCGACGCGAUCCGGGUCAUCGGCGACGUGUUCUACCUCAUCGAGGACCUCGCCAGGGGCUCCAUCCCCUUAGAAACCGUCACCGAGGUCAAGGGGCGCCUCCGCCUCUUCUUCUUUGACGUCCCCGUCCAGGGGAGAAUUUCUUGCUCCGUGUACGUAAAUCCAGAAAACCAGACCAUUAUUGAACAAGAUUGCUACCCUGAGUGAUAUUGCUAUUGGCUGAAAGCAAUCUUCGUGACUACGCUAUUAAAGAAGAAAACUUUUCUGGCUUCUAUUCUUACUAUGUUUUCAUGUAUGGAGUGAUGUUGUUAGGUAACUUCAUGUCAAUCUCUGAAUCGGGAAACACGCGAAACAAAAUGUACUGUAGAUAAGUCACUCAUAAUGUGUUGUUAUGAAGUUGGUUAUACUGCAUUUAAUAUCAAUUGGUGCUUGUAAUGUAGCAGAUAUCUCAAAUCUGUGCGCCUGCUGCUAUUUUAUUUUUCCCUUAGAUAUGAUUUGCUUCGGAACAUCUUCUAUA